AUGGGAUCCAGACAGGGUGAUAUACCAGGUAAUGCAUGAUGAACAUCCUCCUUCAUUGAUCACAUGUGAUAUAUAUCAUCAAAGAUAAAAGCAAAUGUAAUUGAUGACUAGUAACGUUUCUAUGAUUCCCAACACCAUAAGAGAGUCAAUGUGAUGGGGUGCUUCUUCAUUUGACACACAAAUGGUCCACUAGCAAUCAAAUAAAUAAGGUCAGGUUAUUAAAUGCUGCUCUAAUGUUUCUCUUGCCGUUCUCUCCAAUUCCAGCGCUGGAGUCUGGUGUAUCGGGGGGAUUCUUUGGGGGGUUCUCGUCCCCUAUUGGUAUGUCCAGACGAGCCUUUAGCUAUGACGAGGCCCUGGACGCUCCCAUGCACUCCCCUCCCCCUGACAUGUGUGUCAACAACCCAUGGAAUGACCCUCUCAUCCCACAGAGGAAGUUCAAGAGGAUUGCUGAGGUACAGAACCUAUAUACAGUGGGGAAAAAAAGUAUUUAGUCAGCCACCAAUUGUGCAAGUUCUCCCACUUAAAAAGAUGAGAGAGGCCUGUAAUUUGCAUCAUACGUACACGUCAACUAUGACAGACAAAUUGAGAAUUUGUUUUCCAGAAAAUCACAUUUUAGGAUUUUUAAUGAAUUUAUUUGCAAAUUAUGGUGGAAAAUAAGUAUUUGGUCACCUACAAACAAGCAAGAUUUCUGGCUCUCACAGACCUGUAACUUCUUCUUUAAGAGGCUCCUCUGUCCUCCACUCGUUACCUGUAUAAAUGGCACCUGUUUGAACUUGUUAUCAGUAUAAAAGACACCUGUCCACAACCUCAAACAGUCACACUCCAAACUCCACUAUGGCCAAGACCAAAGAGCUGUCAAAGGACACCAGAAACAAAAUUGUAGACCUGCACCAGGCUGGGAAGACUGAAUCUGCAAUAGGUAAGCAGCUUGGUUUGAAGAAAUCAACUGUGGGAGCAAUUAUUAGGAAAUGGAAGACAUACAAGACCACUGAUAAUCUCCCUCGAUCUGGGGCUCCACGCAAGAUCUCACCCCGUGGGGUCAAAGUGAUCACAAGAACGGUGAGCAAAAAUCCCAGAACCACAUGGGGGGACCUGGUGAAUGACCUGCAGAGAGCUGGGACCAAAGUAACAAAGCCUACCAUCAGUAACACACUACGCCGCCAGGGACUAAAAUCCUGCAGUGCCAGACGUGUCCCCCUGCUUAAGCCAGUACAUGUCCAGGCCCGUCUGAAGUUUGCUAGAGUGCAUUUGGAUGAUCCAGAAGAGGAUUGGGAGAAUGUCAUAUGGUCAGAUGAAACCAAAAUAGAACUUUUUGGUAAAAACUCAACUCGUCGUGUUUGGAGGACAAAGAAUGCUGAGUUGCAUCCAAAGAACACCAUACCUACUGUGAAGCAUGGGGGUGGAAACAUCAUGAUUUGGGGCUGUUUUUCUGCAAAGGGACCAGGACGACUGAUCCGUGUAAAGGAAAGAAUGAAUGGGGCCAUGUAUCGUGAGAUUUUGAGUGAAAACCUCCUUCCAUCAUCAAGGGCAUUGAAGGUGAAACGUGGCUGGGUCUUUCAGCAUGACAAUGAUCCCAAACACACGGCCCGGGCAACGAAGGAGUGGCUUCGUAAGAAGCAUUUCAAGGUCCUGGAGUGGCCUAGCCAGUCUCCAGAUCUCAACCCCAUAGAAAAUCUUUGGAGGGAGUUGAAAGUCCGUGUUGCCCAGCGACAGCCCCAAAACAUCACUGCUCUAGAGGAGAUCUGCAUGGAGGAAUGGGCCAAAAUACCAGCAACAGUGUGUGAAAACCUUGUGAAGACUUACAGAAAACGUUUGACCUGUGUCAUUGCCAACAAAUGGUAUAUAACAAAGAAUUGAGAAACUUUUGUUAUUGACCAAAUACUUAUUUUCCACCAUAAUUUGCAAAUAAAUUCAUUAAAAAUCCUACAAUGUGAUUUUCUGGAUUUAUUUUUCUCAUUUUGUCUGUCAUAGUUGACGUGUACCUAUGAUGAAAAUUACAGGCCUCUCUCAUCUUUUUAAGUGGGAGAACUUGCACAAUUGGUGGCUGACUAAAUACUUUUUUUCCCCACUGUAUCUCCUAAUUAGGCCUGUUUGAGAUAAGAAAUACCGUAUCUAUCCUGUUACUACAUACAGUAUAGAAGUUUAUAAGUUGUGUAAUAGUACGUUUUGUGUAACGGCAACUGUAACGCUCAAUGUCCAACCCGGCCAAGGUUAUCGUCUGCUAAAUGACGUAAAUGUAAAUGUUAUCACUAUAGACUGUAGAGUUUAAUCAACCGUCGCUGGGAGAAUGACCCCCCACAAUGCACGUAGCAUGGUGUUAAUAUUCAACCUAUUGACCUGUUGUGUCCAGGAGGACGAGAGUGGGACUGGGAAGACACUGACCUUCUCUGCCGCACCGGUCAAGCCCCCUGUCCCUGUGGUCAAGGCCAAAGCCUCCUCUCUCAUGAACACACUCAUGAUCAGUAAGUGGGAAAACAAACAAACUCACAUUGUCAACUUUACAAUGUAUCUACACAUCUAACAUGCUAACACAGUGAGACACCUGUCAACUUUAUGAUGUAUCUACACAUCCAACAUGCUAACACAGUGAGACACCUGUCAACUUUAUGAUGUAUCUACACAUCCAACAUGCUAACACAGUGAGACACCUGUCAACUUUAUGAUGUAUCUACACAUCCAACAUGCUAACACAGUGAGACACCUGUCAACUUUAUGAUGUAUCUACACAUCCAACAUGCUAACACAGUGAGACACCUGUCAACUUUACAAUGUAUCUACACAUCCAACAUGCUUACACAGUGAGACACCUGUCAACUUUACAAUGUAUCUACACAUCUAACAUGUUAACACAGUGAGACAACCCAAAUCCUGAUGCACUCUUAUCAUACUAUAUGGAAUACUGUAGAAAUGUCAGAAUAGGGGGAGGGGGGGUCCGUUUUUUUGUUGUUGUCCCCACCCCCAUAAAAGUUGCCCAUCCCUGCUCUACAUGAUAGAGAUGACAUAGAUAGAUAUAUUCCACAAUGGGAUCAGAUGGAUUACAUAAUAUCAUUGCAUUCAAUGAUGCUGUGCUUGACUAGUACACCACACCAGACUUGUAUGUCCUACUACUGACUGUGAACCCAUCCCUGGUCCUUCAGAGCAGACCCAGGAGAGCCUCCAGAGGUUUGAGCUCCAGGCAGGGCUGACAGAAGCUGGCUACACCCCCCACAAGGGCCUCUCUGUUGAGGACACACAAUUCCACCGCCUGGCUGAGGGGCCGAUGCCUGUGAGUAUGACAGGGACUGGAGGGUUGCGGGGGGGGGGGGGGGGGAUGCAUAAGUUAAUGUCAGUGCAGCCUCAUGCUAUCUGACAUACCAUUUUGUAUUCACUGAUGACAAUUGUAUUUAAAGUUUAGCAAAAGGUGGUAUAAGAUAUGUAAGUCAGGUACUAAAGCAAGAAAAUGAUCAGAAGUUUUGUAAAUGUAUUUCAUAAUUCUGUUCUGCUAUAGAUACGUUUCAACGCAGAACCAAAAAUUGCUUGUACGCGAUUGAGAAAAACUAAUGUUUGUAAAUAGUUGGUGUAAUUCCAGUCCUUUGAUCAGUGCAGACUCUGAGUCAUGCUACCUGACAUACCAUAGGUGGAUGGGAGCAGGACAUAGUGUUAUAUAAGAGCAAUCAAUCUUGAAGAACUAGAAACAUGCAUAGCUAUUGCUGUCUUCAUCCAGAGUGUGCUUGGAUCUUUUUUUUUUUAACACGUGUAUCUUAUAAAUCUUGAAUGCAACCCUCAUGUGUGUCUGCCUGCCAGUGCAGUUGUUGUCUCUGUGGUGUAUGAUUAGGCAUGGGCAAACACCCCACCCCCUCAGCGGCCAAUGAGACUGGCCAAACAUGUUGUACACAAGUGUCAAUGGUUUGGAUUCCAUAUACCCAUUUCCAGGCUGCGUCAUUAAAGGGGCUUGUUUACGUUGAAGUGAAUACGACAACAUCCAAUUUCAGAUGCAGAUGGUUAUCAUCUACAACAUUGCAGAUGUCAUCAGAGGAUUGAUUACUUAGCAAGCCAAGGUAAAAUAUCACAAAUAGCGCUAGAUAAAGCCAAAAGAAUAAUAUACUUGUUGAGCUUAGCUAUAGCCACCAGUCUGGUGUGUUUUCAUAGUCAUCACUCACUCACUGUUAACUUUGAUGCGAGGAUGGGUGCGCAUCGCUCGAACAUGCCAUUUGUUUGUAAACAAAAGAUGUCUCUAUAGAGCCAACCGAUUGCAUGCUAUUCUUGAAUAUGCACAUACUGUAUGUUACAUAUAAGCUUAGCUUCCCCUAUUGCAUGCAGCACCUAUGCAUAUAUACAGUACAUACUGAACUUGUACACAUGUACAUUAAUAGAAUACAUUGCUUUAGAAUGUGACCUACCGCUGGCAUGUAAAUAUCUGACUGGAUAGAAUCUCCAAGAGUGGCCAAGGGCAUAUUGCGUCAUGACUGCAAGGUGUCCCAAUAUCUUUUCCAACUGUCCAUUAUCUGGUUUUAAUGCCCAUUCUAGAAUGCCCUUCUAGCCUAUCAGAAACAAGUAUUCAACAAUGCUGUGGUAUAAUUAAGAAAUAAGGCCCGAGGGGGUAUGGUAUUUGGCCAAUAUACUAUGGCUAAGGGCUGUUCUUAUGCACAACGCCGUCGUAUAUUGGUCAUAUACCAGAAAUGCCUGAGGUGCCGUAUUGCUAUUAUAAACCAGUUACCAAUGUAAUUAGUUUUGUCAUACCCGUGGUAUACAGUCUGAUAUACCACGGCUGAUAUACCAUGGCUUUCAGCCAAUCAGCAUCCAGGAGCCAAACUACCCAGUUUAUAUUGACAUGUAAAGUCAUCCAACCAAUCUGAAUACAAAAACAUUAAAAUAAAUGUAUCUAAAGUAGCAAGUAGUAGCAUAACCAACCCUGUUACAUAUAUGAAUUCAAUCAAUAUCAACUCAUGUUAUGUAGUCAUUUUAGUACUAUAUUCAUAAUCUAUAUUCAGUUAUUUUAUAGGUGAAUGGUAUCCACAUAUAUGGGUGAAUAAUUUUCAUCAACACAUAUAAUGGCUCGACAAUAGCUUUUAAACAUUUUACCCUUAGUGUAAAACAAACAGCACUAAUAAAGUUGAUAAAUGCUACUGGAUAUAGAAAUUGGCACCCUCAAUAAAGCAGGCCUAUUUCCUUGUGUGAUGGAUUUGUUUUUAGAUCAUCUGAUUUGUUGCCAGGUUCUCGAUUCGAUUUCGGGGUUCUAUGUUCUUUUGACACUAGUAGUAAAACCGUAGCUAAUGCCGUCUGUUCCACUGAGGUAUAAUAAGAAUACGUCUGUUCUAGAGUUUAGUUUUCUGUGCUUUACAUACACCCUUAAAAUGACACGAGCGCCCAUAUUUUCCUGAAACAGCCAAUCAGACUCUAACAAAGGGGAUUCUUUUUCGGGUUGUAGCUAACUACACAUCAUUGUACCGCCGUCUCCGUGCUUUAUUUGUCAAUUAACCCUGAAGAAAAAAUACGAAGAAUGGAUAAAAUGACAGAGUGGAUCGUACUGGAAAGUCAAAGGAAUCUUCUCAUGAAAAGGUAUUUAAUCAGAUCUAUGUAUUUGUUUCAUUGACAAUAUCCUGCUGUAUGUCGAGGCCUGUAACGUUCGCUAAGUUAACCUAACAGGAGUAAAAGAAACCGAGGCCUACCGUAAGUGAACAUUACCUAACGUUAGCAGCAACAAAAAAGCUGAAACUAACGUUAACGUAAUUUAACAUACAAUGAAUAGCCAUAUAGCUGACUAGGUAAUAAUUAUUAACUGCUGGCUAACGUUAUACCGGCAACAGAAACAGGGACACUUUGUGCUAGCGAACUAACGUUAGCUAACAAGCUACUGUAGCUAACUGGCUAGAGCCAGUUUCUGCCAGUCUGACCGCUCGACUCCAGUCUAAUAUCAAGGCAAUAUAUACUUUUUUUGUAGCUAACGUUAGUUGUUAGUUUCAACAGCGCGUACAACCAGAUGUAACCCCCUAAUCAAUGAGUGAUUUAUUGCCACUUGUCAAAACAACAGGGUUUUUGGUGCUUGGAGUUUACAUUUUAGUCAUUUAGCAGACACUCUUAACCAGAGCGACUUACAGUUAGUGAGUGCAUCCAUUUUCAUACUGGCCCCCCGUGGGAAACGAACCCACAACCCUGGCGUUGCAAGCGCCAUGCUCUACCAACUGAGCUACACGGUACUUGUAAAAAAAUAUAUAUAUACACACACACACACACACACACACACACACACACACACACACACACACAUACACACACACACACACACACACACACACACACACACACACACACACACACAUAUACAUACAUACAUACAUACAACGUUAAUGUGAUUACUUUUGCUGCACAUGUAUGUGUACACCAAACAUUAGGAACACCUUCCUAAUAUUUAGUUUAUAAGAACAGCCUCAAUUCGUCGGGGCAUGGACAAGGUGUCUAAAGCAUUCCACAGGGAUGCCGGCCCAUGUUGACUCCAAUGAUCCAACGGUUGUCAAGUUGGCUGUGUGACCUUUGUGUGGUGGAAACUGUUAAGCGUGAUAAACCCUGCAGCGGUUCAGUUCUCGACACAUCAGUGCGCCUGGCACCUAUUACCAUACCACGUUCAAAGGCACUUAAAUAUUUUGUCUUGCCCAUUCACCAUCUGAAUGGCACACAUACACAAUCCAUGUCUCAAGACUUAAAAAUCCUUCUAUAACCUGUCUCCUCCCCUCCAUCUACACUGAUUGAAGUGGAUUUAACAAGUGACAUCAAUAAGGGAUCAUAGCUUUCACCUGGAUUCACCUGGUCAGUCUGUCAUGGAGUGUUCUUAAUGUUUUGUAUACUCAGUGUAGAUGGUACAUUUUAUGUUUUCAAUAUAUCACAAACUGUUUCUACAUAUUGGUUUUUGAUUUGGACACUUUAAAGCUGUGUUUUCACAUUAGGCUAUUUAUCAAAAUGUCUUGUCAACAGGAAGCAGCGACAUUUUCACCUUAAGUUUUAGGAAUAUAAAUUGAACUUUCAACAUUAAUUUCCAAUGGUAUUGUACUUAAUCAUGUAAAAACAGUGGAAUGAGUCCAAAAACGUGCUGCGUUUGAUUUUUGAUGAUAUAUCAGAAAUCACCAAAUCUAGAUUGCCCUGCCUACUUAAAAGGUGUGCUCUAUCAAUGUUAUAUGGUCAGGGAUUUACCCCCCCUCCCGGGUCUUUGACUGGUACAUUGGUGUGACAUAAAAAUGUGGUCCCUGACCAACCGGCUGGAGCUGUGGUCGACACCAGAUUUGGAUUUGAUGGGCAGGGUUCCAAAGAGGUUAUGUUUCGGUCAGGUGCUGAAACCCUAGAGGAAACCCAUAGAUAGAAUGUUAGGAGCAGAGCAAACCAAGAGGGGACAGACAGUGCAUCAGUCACAUUGGAAUGAUGAGCAGUACAGUGAGCAGAACUCAAGAGCAAGGAUUGCAACUGGGAGAACAGACAGAGAAAAUGCAGGAGCAUAGUACACACAGAGGUAUGGGAUAUUCAUCCCAAUAUUCCCAGAAGGAAUGGAGGAUGAUGAACAUUGAGAAUAUCAUUCCAGAGAUGGUAGUAACCAAAAUCCACAGACUCAAAACGGUAAGAUUGGAGCUUUUUCACUAGCCUAUGGCAUGGCAUGGUUCUAUGGGAAACUCUCCCUAGAUUGCCUAGUCUUCUGAGACUUCUGUGAAUAUUGCUACCUAGCUGGGGAACCAUAUUGGCAGGGUUACCCUGCUAUGGAUAAUAUGGGGAAUAGGGAUGUUUGGUGACAGGUCUUGACGGUGGUUUGGUUUCUUUCUGGGUGGGUGGGUGGGUGCAGGACAGGUGGUUUGCCUCUCUUGUUUGGCCUAGGAAGAACACUCCCUGGCUUGAUGCGUUUGAGUUAUACAUACACUACACUUACAUAAUUAAAAUACUUGACAUGCAGCGAGCAUCUAAUUCUGGACAGAUGGGAAUGGGAUCCCUGCAUAGAGAGGGGUAUUCAAAGGCCAUUCGUCUGGGUGCCGGUCCAGUGGACUUUGUGUAGCCGGUUGGCCCGCCAGAGAAUCUUCUGUUCACUGCCCCCUGAGUGGCUAUCUCUCUGAGGUCAAGGGCGGUCAACGGUUUCCAAUAACCCUUAGUUUGACGCAGAAACAAACAGGGGAGGGGGAACUGGCCAAACUGGCCUUUGGUUUGUGUGUUUGUGGUCAGCCAUCAUUUGACUCGCCUCAAUGUCACAGUCCUGCUCUGGGUCUUGUCAUGUGUGUUGUUGUCUGUAAAUGUCUCGCAGAACACACACCUCUCGCUCCCUCAUGGGCUGCAGACAGGGAGCUACUGAACAACAUCUCUAAGCUGCAUCUUUCUACCUCUUUGUCUCUGCAGAAGCUGAGAAUGCCAAGUGGGGAUUUCAAGGAGGACAGGCUUUCGACAUCAGCUCAAUCCACCCCUUGUGGCACCCCUUCCGGGACCCCCUCCGUUACCCCCAGCGUCAGUCCCCACUCCUCACCGAUACUCAACCGCAGGUAUGUAGUAGAAUAGAACUUAUCCACUUUCAGAAUAAGCAAUAGCUGCAAAGAUUAACUUCAGAUGGCACUUUUGAGUACAACUGUUCCAUGUCUCUAAUAUUGUUAAUAUGUGUGGGUGCACAGGAGCUGGUUCAACAGGCUGAGUCCGGCACCGUUUCUCGCCACACCGGAGCUCGGCAGUCCUAACUUCGGCCCAGAAAUGGGAGGCAACGAGGGAGGAGGAGCCGGAGGGGAGAGGUGGAGCUUCUUUGGAACUUCUCGCCCAGUAGUACAGAAGUCCUCUACUGACCCCGGUUCAGAAACCAACACAGGUGAGAAAUCAGUCCCUCAGGAGUCUCUAUUAUUAUGACUGUUGGCUGAGCUGUCAUUGUGGACUGUGUUCUCAAGAGAGAAUGUGUGAAUAGAUCAACUUUUUUUUUUUUUUUUUUUUACCUUUAUUUAACUAGGCAAGUCAGUUAAGAACAAAUUCUUAUUUACAAUGACGGCCUACUAUAGUCCUUGUCAAGUCUAAAUACCUUUUUGUCAGUUGAGGAACAUCCUUGUCUCCUCUGCUCUCCCUCAGGCUUCACACUACAGUCAUACUUUGGCAUGCCGAAGUCCAACACCAUGGAGGGCAUCAAGACCCAGGUCAACCUCAUGGUGGACGACCCUGCCAAGUUCAACCCCCCCAAGAUCGAGAUCAGCGGCAUCGAGGGCAAGAGACCCCCCCAGACUCGCCCACACAAACUCAAACCCCGGGACAUGAACGUCCUGACGCCAUCGGGAUUCUGA